GAUUGUGUGAAAUCAUGAUUGGACUAAAUAAAACCCAUUUUGGCCUGGUGUCUGGGCACUUUGGAGCAGUAUUCACACUGGUAUAAGCUGUUCACUUUGUGUUCAAAAGUAUAGACCUCAUGUUUAAAAUUAAAGAAUAGCUGAUGAAGAUCGGCGUCAUCUCGCCGCCUCAUGUGCAUGCUGUACGUUUAACUAAACGAGUUUCCCCGCCCUUCCCGCUGCGUAACAAGCGGCACACCAGCACGGGAAAAACGAACACAGCAUGAUUAUCGGUGGCGGAAAGGAUGGGUGGUUAAUGUUGGGCUGUUCAUUUGGCAUUUAAUAAAUAGCCUAUAACAUAUCUGAUGCUCUUGUCACACAGUCCAAAUAAUUGUUUUAUAGGCAUUCAACAAAAAAGUGAACCUGAGGCAGGAAGGGAAAGUGUGGAGAAAGAUGUCUACGCACAGACCUUUAUGGAGACAGAUGCUACAAGUGGCUCUUUGCCCACCUGCCACCAGACGCUGGAGUUCAGGUGCAGUGAUGGUUCAUGCAUCCCAAGGCUGAGUGUUUGUGACGGACACGCAGACUGUGAAGACGAUUCAGAUGAACACCACUGUAGCUAUGUUUGGUGUAAGAAAGAAGAAUUUGCCUGCCGCAGCAGACGGUGCAUAUCUCUGCGUUAUCUUUGUAAUGGCAUCGACGAGUGUGGUGACGGGAGUGACGAAUCUUCCUGCCAGAACUGCACCACUGGGUUCUUCUCCUGUGGGCUGUCUGGCCCCUGCCUGCCUAGAAACAAGCUAUGCGAUGGGCAGACAGACUGCAAAGAUGGCUGGGACGAGAUGCGGGAGUUGUGUGGUUUGCUCCAACCUCACCCACAGAUGUCUCCCACAUGUAGAGCGUCAGAGUUUCAGUGUGGCGAUGGGCAGUGCAUCCGCCAGGUCUGGAGGUGUGACCACUCACGAGACUGUUCCGAUGGCAGCGAUGAGGACAACUGUGAUCAGGACGAGUGCCAGGUCAAUAAUGGAGGCUGUUCUCAUCAUUGUGUGGACCAGCCCAUGGGUUUCUUCUGCCACUGCCCUGACAACAUGAGGCUGGUUGCGGACAGCCAGUGUGAGGAGAUCGACCCAUGCCUGGAGAGAGAUGUGUGUGAUCAGCUCUGUGUUUACAUGAACGGCAGCCUCACCUGCGACUGCCUUGAGGGCUACCACAUGGAUCCAGCAACCAGAGGGUGCAAGGCCAACGGUGAUGAGGCUCAGCUGGUUUUUACCUCUUCCAAAGGAAUAAGACAGAUGAGCAUCACUGGCACAGAGUACAAGGCACUGGGCCCACGAUUACCAGGAACAGGGCCAGUGGCAGUCUUGGUCUCAAACCGCACAUUGUACUGGGCCCAGCAAGGACGAGGCUCCAUAUACAGGGUCUCCAUGGAUGAAAAACCACAGGAAGCUGUAUUGGUGUUGAACGUUCCUGGGUCUGUCUCUGGCCUGACUGUGGACUGGAUCCACCAGAUCCUCCUCUGGACCAGUAUAGAGAGCGAUUCUGUUAAUGUUGGCCUGCUGGAUGGUUCAGCACAUCGGCAACUCAUCACAGGGCUGGACAAACCCUCUGCUGUGGCUGUGGAACCUCUCCAAGGGUUGCUCUUUUGGGCUCAGUGUGGCAGCUUCCCAAAAAUUGAGCGGGCCAGUUUGGACGGCCGGGACAGGAUGCCUCUGGUCACUUCCUUAGUACGUGAGCCUGUUUCCCUCACCCUGGAUGUGUCUCGUAAACUGCUGUACUGGGUUGACCAAGGAAUGAGAAGCAUCUCCAGAGUCAAUUUAGAAGGCCGAGACCGUAAAACAGUGGUAGAGUCUAAUGGCUACCUGGACCAGCCCUUUGGACUGGCUGUGUUUGAGGGUUUUGUAUAUUGGAGUGAAGGCGUCACGAGCUCCAUCUGCAGAGCAAAUAAGCACAAUGGCAGCCAACUUCAAGUACUGCUGACAAACGUCACCUCACCGGGCGGUGUGGUCAUCAUUCAGCCUGCUCUUCAACCAAACGGGCCAUCUGUAUGUGAACGUACCGGGACAGAGUGCCAGCAUAAGUGUGUCAACCCGCAGGCUGAGAGUCCGAAGUUCAGCUGCGUUUUGCCUGAAACAGGACAAAAGAAAUCAGAUAAAAUCCCUGCCAUCUCUCGGAAUAUUCCUACAUCAACUUUGUCCAACCAUACAUUUGCUGGAAUCCUCUUUCUUAUCGUGUUUCUUAGCAUGCUGCUGCUGGGAAUGGCUUUCUGGUGGUGGAGAAAGCAACUCAGACUGUCCAGGUGUCUCACUGUGCAGAACACCUCCCUCAAGGAAUCCCAAGAUCCGCUCAUUAUCCAGGGGCCACCCAUACAUGCAAAUGCAUGUCUUGUCAAGGAAACUCUACCUAAGCUGGACUUGGACAGGGAAUGAAGAUGGUGUGUCACAGUCAGCUGCUUGGCUUCACCUGAUGAUGCCUCAAAUCCACACAGGAUGAUGGGAUGAGGCGGCACACAACCUGGUUGAUCACACAGCCGUGCCCCGACUUCCUGUGAAGGGUAAAUCAUUCAUGAACUGAGUCAGUGAUUUUAAAAAAAAGUCUGAGAUCAGAGAGAAAGACUUCUAAAAAGUUACUGUAGUCCCUUCAGUUUUGAAGGAGUAAUUCUUUCAUUAAAUGAGAAGCUUAAUACCACUCUCAUAUCUGUGUAGUAAAUAUGAAGUUAACACCCAGAAGAUGUUAGCCUAAAAACUAGAAGUGGGGGGUAAACAGCUAGCCUGGCUCUGUCCAAAUGCAGGAAAAUCCACCUACCAGCUCCUCUCGAGCUCCGUUUCCAGUUUUUAUGCUAAGCUAGUCUAACCAGAUCGUUGCACUGGCUUCUUAUUUACCACACGGACAUGAGUAGUAUUAAUCCUCUCAUCUCACUGUGAGAGAGCAACAUUUCUAACAAAGAAAUAAAGCCUAACUUGUUCAAUGGUACUUUGAGUACAUGUCUCCUGGAGAUUUGGUUUUGCUCUUGUGCAGAGUGUGUGGUUAUUGUUGGAGUGAAUGUUCAGUUGACUAACUGUUUGAAUUCACAUCUUUUUAAGCAAUUACUGUGACAGUCUCAAAAAAUGUGUAUGGUACAGCUGAGCUGAUAAAAAUCUACUGGUACCAAGUAAAAGAUGUUUCUGAUGUGGUGAAACAGUUCUGUGGUUGGUAUUUAUUUUUAAGGAAGGGUUUUAUUUAUUUUUGGAUAGCAUUGCUAUCAUUGUAGUGUACUCUGUUUGCAUCAUGAAUAAAGUUAUGUUCUAAAUGAA